AAAAGAGCAGAGUGGACUCUGGUAGAAAGAUUUGAAGGAACAACACAGUCUAUGGUAUAACACAUACACGAUGGUAUAAGUGGAUACGUUUUUGAAUACGCCACAUGACGCCGAAUGGAUAUGUUGGUGGAUGUGACACACGAUGAAAAUAAAAGGAUAGUUUGGUGGAUAUGCUAAACAUUAAUUUAUCCUGUCAAUUUGAAACACUGAAAAUCCUUGUAAUAAGAUUUAUCGUUUACUUUUGUGUGUAUAGAAAUAAAAGAUUCAUGGGUCUAAACCACAAAUUUUGUAAAAACUGUUAAAGUAACCGACAUAUCAAAUCUUGGACUUCCGUUUUGGCUAAUUCUUGUCAAAGUGGUCUUAUCACUUUAAAUUAUUCUGACUCAAUGGUCUGAUGGACUGAGCAUCUCUUAACACCCAUCCCUCGUUUCUUCCGCUUUGACUUCCGUUUAAAACAAGACACUGCAAAAUUACAAGGGAGAUGUUUAUCAAGAAAGAUACUGCAACUAUGUUGCAAAUCACUGUUUUUUGUGUCGAAUUAUUUCUGCUAUUUCCGUGUGUCUUCUUUGGAAAGGGCUAUACUAAAGGAAACUUUUCAUGUUCUUCCGAAAAUAGAUGUGUUUGCAGACAAGAAGGAUCAUUCUAUAAAGCCAACUGUGUCAGUCUCUCUCUGAAAGAUAUCCCUUAUUUCGCUACCCAUGUUAACUGGAUCGAUUUGAGCAAAAACAAAUUACAGCGAAUUACACCGGAACGCAUUCCACAAAAUAUUGUGGUUCUGAUCUUGACGGAAAACUACAUACAAGAUCUGGAGGGUUUUCCUUUCGAUGGUCUUACCAAAUUGCAGAUUCUUAGAUUAGGACAAAAUACUAUAGAGUACACGAAUACUAACUUUUAUAAAGGAAUAUUCAAAUCUUUGAUGCAUCUGAAAGAGUUGGACGUUAAAAGUUCUCCUACUUCGGUCGAAAAAUGGACAUUUCCUGCAGAGACGAUUUCAGAGCUGUUGUCUCUGAAUGUCUUAAGGAUAAAUGGCCUUCCAAACAUGGUUAUCCCAGUAGGCUUUCGGAAAUUGAAGAACUUGCAAUAUCUUGAUAUUUCAGGAAAAACAAGCUACUGUUCCUUGAAGCAUAUCACUAGCUCUUUCUUUGACAACGUCCCGCAGUUGAGUCGUAUCGAUGUGAGAUUUUGCAAUAUCCGUUAUAUUGAUCGAGGAGUGUUCAGCAGGCAUCCAAAUAUUUCCUUCAUUGACAUAUCCCAUAACCGCGGAAUGGGAUUAGCUGUCCUGCCUAAUGUAACUCAAAAUUUUAAUUCUACGAAAAUUAAAACCUUUAAAUUCGACUUCAUUACCUGCAUGACUGGUGUGGGAACUAUGCUGAGGCAUUACCACCUGCGAAACCUUUACAAUACAUCCCUCACAGAAUUGUCAAGUUCGUUUAAUCGGAUUGAACAAUUUGAAAUGGGAGUUUUGAAAAGUCUUCCCAAGUCAUUGAAGAAGUUAACGAUGAAAUGGAAUAGAUUUACCCCCGGUCUGUACUUAUUCGAACUGAGUCAGUUAUCAGGACUUGAAGUUGCUGAUGUGGCGAGGCAAUAUGAAGGAUUAUCUUUUCCUACAGUUUGGGUGGAUUCUUGCGUAGAGAAUCCAGACAUACCACAGGAAAACAAGGAGAUCGUGGACACAUUUUAUUCCCAAGACGCUGAAAAUAUUGAAUUUAUCACGAAUACGUUUCAUAACAUGAAAAAACAUAGGUAUGCCACGAUUUAUUUACCUCCGAAAUUGAAAGAAUUGUACAUGUAUUCCUCUCAUUUUUAUGGGGAAGUCCGAAUGUUCGGUAUCCAUGCAGAAAAUUUAAAAACAGCUCGCAUGUACGAUAACGGCCUUAACUAUUGGAAGGGACCAAUGAUAGGGGUAGAGAACAUCACAUAUUUGGAUCUUUCUAACAAUCAGUGUUAUGUAGUCUCACAGCAUUUCUUUGAAAACUUAUUCUCUGUUUGCACACUGUCGCUGUCAACCAACAUCCUGGGACCGUCGUUUUCCAAAGAUAUCGAUGGGAAUAUUUUCAGAAAUCAAAUACAUCUUGAAGUUCUGGAUAUUUCUAUCAAUCAAAUUGAGUAUCUUCCAAGAAAGUUCUUUAAAAACGCUGUCCAGAUGAAAUCUUUAAUCCUUGGCAAUAACAAAUUGUCUGACUGGCAUUCUGACAUAGCUCACAUGACGAAGUUGUCAUUACUAGAUUUAUCAUACAACAGAAUCAGCUCUUUCUCUCCGACAGCGAUGCAUUUACUUCAGAGAGGCAUGGACAACAGACAAGGUUGACAGUUUAACCACACGUUUGUUAUAUUGAGCUGACAGAAGGACUGAUAUUGAUCAGCAUGGCAGUUUCAAAAUGUCAGAAGUGGAUAAAUUGAACAUUUAAAAUAAAAUAGAAAGAUUUGAAA